GUGCCCGCUGAGAGCGCGGCGGAGCCCCGCUGAGGGGGUGCCCGUGGGCGGCCGCCGCCGGUGACCGGAGCGGGGCGGGAGGAGGGUGCCGACGGCGGGGGCGGGCAGCUGCCGCCGCCAGCUGCCCCGCUCGGGUUUGAAAGCGGCGCCCCACGGCCCCGCCCGCUCCGUGAUUGGCGAGAGAAAGGGAGGGAGCGGGUGCGCGCCAGGCCCCGGCGUGUCGCAGUGAAGCCGUCCGGCCGGGCCCCGCUGCCGCGGCGCCGCGCGUUCCGCCCCGAGCGUGUGUGCGGGGCCCCGGAGGGGAGCCGUGCCGAGCUGGGCGAGUUGCGUGCUGCCGGCGCCGCCGCUGCCAUGGAGAGGGGAGGCGGCGGCAGCGGGAGGGGGUGACUCCGCGCCCCUUCCCCGAUGAGACUGUGGCUGGGCUGGCUGGGCUGCUACACCCUGUUCCUGUGGGUGCUGAGGAGGAGGAUGUGGUCUGGCCCUGCCAGGUACCUGAGGAGCCCUUUAUCCAGGUCCCUCUACGUGAAUAUGAUGGGCAGCCACAGCCAGCCAGCCCCGGGCGCCAGGGAGAACCACCAGUGGUAUGUCUGCAACACAGAACAGUUGUCUGAAUCCCUUCAGCCUAUUUUUGUCCAGAGUUACCUUGACCAAGGAACACAGAUCUUCUUAAACAACAGCAUUGAGAAAUCAGGCUGGCUGUUUAUCCAGCUCUAUCACUCUUUUGUGUCCUCAAUUUUUAGCCUCUUUAUGUCUAGAACAUCUAUCAAUGGGUUGCUUGGAAGGGGUUCAAUGUUUGUGUUUUCCCCAGAACAAUUUCAAAGACUGCUUAAAAUAAAUCCAGAAUGGAAGUCCCACAGACUUCUUGAUUUAGGGGCUGGGGAUGGAGAAGUCACAAAAGUCAUGAGUCCUCACUUUGAAGAAAUCUAUGCCACUGAAUUGUCUGAAACUAUGAUAUGGCAGCUUCAGAAGAAGAAAUACAGGGUGCUUGGUAUAAAUGAGUGGCAAAACACAGGAUUUCAGUAUGAUGUUAUCAGCUGUUUGAAUUUGCUGGAUCGCUGUGAUCAACCACUGACUGUAUUAAAAGAUAUUAGAAGUGUACUGGAGCCAACUAGAGGCAGAGUCAUUCUAGCAUUAGUUCUGCCAUUUCACCCCUAUGUGGAAAAUGUAGGUGGCAAGUGGGAAAAACCCUCAGAAGUUUUGGAAAUCAAAGGGCACACUUGGGAAGAACAAGUGAAUAGCCUGCCAGAAGUUUUCAGUAAAGCUGGUUUUGCCAUAGAGGCUUUCACCAGACUGCCAUACCUCUGUGAAGGUGACAUGUAUAAUGACUACUAUGUACUAGAUGAUGCUGUUUUUGUCCUCAAGCCAGUGUAAGCGUGUAUGAAGUGAAUCUUCAGAAUCUAACACAAGAACCAGCCUCUGAAAGAGGGGUUUGAUUUAUGGUUACUUAAAGGGAGGGAAUUCGGGGACUGCCAUGCUAAAUAAAUACCAUGUAAGAAAUUUAAAGGCCAAAAUACUAAUGUAUUUCUUUGUAGUGCGAUUAGGAAAAAAAGGUUGUUUUUUAAACAGACUCUUCAGUUGAGAGUUUCUUUUUUACCAGCUCUUAAACCAACAAUGCAUUUUGCAAUCCAGCAGUAAUGGGGGAUAUUUUUUUUUAUACUUACCUGCAACAGGGAUCAGAUCCAAACAAAAGCAAUAGUCCUAAUAAUGAUGAAACUGAUACAAUGUGAACUGUUGUUAAAGAAAUCAAGAGAAAUCUGGCAAUAAAGUUACCCAUUCAGUUCAAGCCUUGUUGAAUAUAAACUGUUGAAAUGGAUGUUCUUCCAUGCUGUUACUUUCUCUCUUACUGUCAUUCUUCACAUGUUUUUAAUCAUGCUAAUAAACUUUUUUUGAGAUGA